CAGAUUUAUUCGAUUCGUCGUCCCACUAUUUAAGGAGUCGGGUGGCGGUCGGCAAGCCUGCCGUGCUCAGAGUCGCCCCAGAAGAGGAGGUUAGGGUUUGGAAGGUGAUGGCGGGUUGCGGCUCCAUUUCGUAAUCUUCGUGUGUCGACCGGAUGAACAAGGCUAACCCGAUCGGCGAGAAUUUCCGUUAUUAAAUUUUUAGUACCAUGGUGAGGGCUGGAGGCAUCAACAUGGGUGAGGAGCUGGCAGAACAUGUAGAUAUUGAAGGUGACAAUGAAGUUGAAGACAUUGAUGAUGAUGAGGUUGAGGCUGAAGAAUUUGGUCCCGUGGAGCCUUUAGAUGAAAUCAAUGAAACAGAAGCUUACAGUGAAGCAGACAUCAGAGAGGCUAAUGAGGGCACUGAUGUAAGCUCUAGCCCGAGAAAAGAAUUGGAGAUUAAGGAAGAUGAGAUAAAGAGGCAGAAGCAUGCUGAGCUCUUGGCACUCCCACCUCAUGGUUGUGAAGUGUUUAUUGGGGGGUUGCCCCGAGAUUUUACAGAAGCUCAGCUGGGGGAACAUUGUGAACGUAUUGGUGAAGUUGUUGAGAUCAGGAUGGUCAAAGAUAAGGCAUCUGGGGAUCACAAAGGUUAUGCAUUUGUCACUUUCCGAACAAGAGACUUAGCUCAAAAGGCUAUUGAAGAGUUUCAUGAGAAAGAACUUGUGAAGGGAAGGAAGUUAAGGUGUUCCAUAUCACAAACUAAAUACAAGCUUUUUAUUGGUAAUAUUCCAAAGAGUUGGACAGAGGAAGAUCUGGGACAAGUUGUUGAGGGGCAUGGCCCUGGGGUUGAAAAUAUUGAACUGUUAAAGGACCCGCUGAACUCAAACCGUAAUCGUGGGUUUGCAUUUGUUGAAUAUUAUAAUCAUGUGUGUGCUGAUUAUGCUAGAGAAAAUAUGUCAUCUUCAAAUUUCAAACUAGAUGGCAAUACUCCAACUGUAAGUUGGGCAGACUCUAGGAAUGCAACUGACUCUGCUGCUGCUGCUCAGGUGAAAACUGUUUAUGUUAAAAACUUGCCAGAUGGUAUCACCCAAGAAAAGCUGAAAGAACUAUUUGAGCAUCAUGGUGAGAUCACUAGAGUUGUCCUGCCACCAGCUAAGCCUGGUCAGACAAAGAGGGACCAUGCAUUUAUACAUUUUGCAGAAAGAUCGAGUGCAUUGAAAGCAGUGAAUGAGACAGAAAAAUAUGAGUUUGAAGGCCAAAUUUUUGAGGCUUCUCUGGCCAAACCUCAAAAUGACAGAAAAUCUGAUACAGCUUCAUUUCCUCCUGGUGGCUAUCUCCCCCACUAUCCUUCGCAUGGUGGUUAUGGUUUCAUUGGUGAUCCAUAUGGUGCUUUUGGUUCUGGGUUUGGUUCAGGAGGAUAUGGACAGCCUCUCAUAUAUGGUAGAGGCCCUACCCCAUCAGGAAUGGCGAUGGUCCCAAUGGUGCUUCCAGAUGGUCGUCUUGGAUAUGUAUUACAACCACCUGGUGCAUCAAUUGGUCCACCUCCUGUUAAACGUAACAGCAGGAACAAUCGCUCAGAUGAGCGGCAUGGCAGUGGAAGUGAUAGCAGUCGCAGCCACAGGUAAAUCUCUGCAUGGGAUGGGCCUCGUCCUUUAUUGCCAAAAAGCUAUGUAUUUUAAGAUAAGAGUGAGUCUCCGGACAAGAAACUAACCAUCAUCUGGAAGCCAAGGAACCACCAUGGUGGAACGGUAACUUGGACUUAACCUUCGGUGAUGAGUUUCCAAUCAUCGCAUGGAUGUUUUCACUGUCUGCGUCCGUGGGUUCAGGUGCUUGCUUGGAAUCAUCAGGCUGUCAAGGAACAACAUGAUCUCUUGCUAUGCUCGUCUUCAACCGUCAAAUGUCAAGUAUGUCAUCAUCAUGCUUGUCCAUGUUCCUCUAACAUAACUGCAGUUAAAAAAGAAGAUGGGUUUCCAAUUCUGUGGUAGCAUUUCCUAGGUUGCAACGUAGGGCUAAACUGAAUCCAAGGUGUUGCAUGCGCCCCUAAAUGCAUAACUGGCCUUGGAAGGCUAUGUAUAAAGUGCAAACAACCAUGAGCGUGCGUGCACUCAUCCACAGGUGGUCCCUUCAAUCUUGAGGUCUGUUAGACAUUUUCACAGCAUUCCACACGGAGCUAGAUUGUCCUCCAAGUAUGGAAGAUUGCUUUCCAAAAAGAGGAGAUCGUCCUUCUCUCUGAAAUGUUCUCUUGGUUGGAGCUUUCCAGCAUCUUGACGUGGCCAUGACUUCAACGUACCAGGGGUGGCCCAAGCAAAGACAGUAGCGGUUAAUUUGUAUUUGACCUGAAAAGAGGAGAUCAUGUUGGAUUGUAAGAUUUUGUUAAUCGGUCAGCGAGAUAUGUUUUAGGAAACUUGCAGAAUCCGACCUACGCUCAACCCCAAGUUUUCAUUAAAUUUUGCAGUUCUCAAUGUGAAAAAACGCACUUAAAUAUUGGACCCUGUUAUCG